AUGAGAUUAAACAAAAUAGCAUGCAUGUUUUCCAUAGCACUAUGCGCAACUAAGCAAGGAAGAUGCAGCGCCAUGCCAGAACUGCAAAAUGACCAAAAAAAAGAGCCCCAGAGUGGCAUUGCCCAUGCUUGCUCCAGCAACGAAGCCAUCAACACGACUAAAGAGCGCGAGUACUGGGCAACUGUGGAUUUGUCCCAGAUUCAUUUUCUUAUUACACUUUCUACAGUGCGUAGAGAGAGAAAUCUUGUGUAUAAUCCUAUUGAAGGCCAGAUUGUCCAGUUCAUCGAGAGCUACCAGAAAAGCGGCCAUGUGGGCAAUGCUCUUCAGGCCCUAGUUGAAAAAAUAAAGAUUGCGAAAGAAGGCAUGGAGAAAGAGCAUUGUAGAAAAGGCUCUGAGCCCUCACAAGAUCAGCCAGAAAAUGACAGCAGCGACAGCGACAGCGACUUUGAUAAAGACAGUCUUGAAUCCUCGAAUGAAUAA